AUGCAGCUUCACCUCGCCAUUCCUCAGCGCAGACCUCAUUCCAGCGACGCGCCACGACGGCCGACUGUGUACACCAGUGCUUCUUCCGAGCGACGCGCUUUGCGUAAUCUCGAGCGAGAUCCUUCUUGGGUACCGCGGCCACCAAACGCCUUCAUCAUAUUCCGUGCGGAGUACUCGAAAAAUUACGCACAGACGCAUGAAGAUGGCGAGUCACCGCCUACUUCCGAGAAAUCGCUUUCGAAACGUGCGGCGGAGGCCUGGGGUGAACUCACUACAGAGGAGAAGGCACCGUACAAGUGGCGCGCUGAGCAGGAGCGUCUAGAGCAUGGGAAGAAGUACCCGGAUUACAAGUACAGACCACGAAGACGCCAGAAGGGUGCAUCCGAUGGUGGGACGAUCUCCCGACGAGAGGUGGUGGAGUCGUUCAUGCGUCGCGCAGCCAGCGGCUCCCAAAGAGACUCUGAGUCCGACUUAUCUGGAGAUUGUCCCAGUCCUCCCAGCAUGAACUCCUCUUCUCCAGAGCCGGUAGAUACCCCGCUCGGUUCCGACAGCCCAUCGGAUACAAAAUCGUUUGAUUUUUCCUCCAUCCUGCCGCCUGCAGAAGAUAUGACUCUGUACCCGUUCUUCCUGCUGCCAUCAUCCAGCGCGUCUGCGCCAUGUCUUACUUUGUCAAGCAGCAUGGACAGCUCGCCGUGGUCCUCUGCGGACCUGGGUUUUUCGCCAUAUGCAGGGGUGGGCGCCACUGGGUCCAGAGAUCGUUACUCGGACACUGGAGGGAACGGCAUGACUCCCGCCAUGUGCGAAUCGGUACCUGGGCUGACGCCAUCGGAAACUGCGCUAUUAGACCAGCUCAGCUUAGACAUGUCUACGAGCUUGUCACCGGAGUAUGCUGCGACAAGCAUGUUUGCGGGCCCAUCUUCCUAUCCGCUCAAACCGACUCAGCUUCCGCAGGAGUCGGACCCUCUGUAUCACCGCCGUCAGCGCUCCGCCACAGUGAGCAGUCUUCCUUCACCACUUACUGUCGUCACAUCCACACUCGCCGAUUGGGAUGGCCCGACCGUUCCGACCAUAACGGUCGAGCAGAAUUCAACUCCAUUUUUCCCAUCUCCACAAACGUCGAUGUCUACCUCUUCACUUCUUGCAGCGGAGAAUGCAGCGCCUUGGGACUUGAAACAGGACCAAGAGCAGAUACCUACGGCGUCUUUAAGUGACCUCAGGAUAUCCGUGCCGGAUAUUGACCUCGACCGUACACCGCGCGGCGCAGAUUUCCCCCAGCAUGUGCAGGGCGAGUACGUUCCUCCUUCUUACGGUUCCUCCAACGCGUCUGCAUAUCCCGCGACGCAGACCCAGGAGACGCUGUUCGUGGAAGGCAGCAGUACCGCGAGUAAUGGCGUCUACAGCGGGGUCAACACCAACCCGCAGCUUGCUGCGUAUACCAUGGGGCUCACCGACCACGGCAUUGAGCCAAUGACCUAUUGCACGUCUCCUUUCGCAGAUCUUGAAUUCCCUUAUGUCACGCCUGGACUGUUCCCAUAG